CGCACAUCUUUAUCAGAUAAUUCCGAGAACUCAAACAAACUGGCACUAUUACAAAGCUGCUCUGGUCUGCCCUUAAGUGGGGCUGGAGCCAUAACACCCGCAACACCAUCAGCAGUAACAGCCAGUGCGGCUACUACAGCGCGCACAACACCAACAACAACAGCGCGCAACACCAGCAGCAGUAACAACCAGUGCGGCGACUACAGCGCGAAUAACACCAACAACAACAGCGCGCAACAUCGCGCAUCAGCGCGCAACACCAGCAGUAGUAACAGCCAGUGCGGCUACUACAGCGCGCGCAACACCAGCAACAACAGCGCGCAACACCAGCAGCAACAACAAACAGUGCGGCUACAACAACAACAGCAGGCCCCACCAACACCUGUUGCAACAAGCGCUAUGGAUAAGUUUAUUCGUCUGGCAGACGCUGUGACAGAAUUUGAGGCCGACUACAACGACACGGCCCAAACUGAUCACACCAAAUACACUCUUGCCAUUCAACAAGAGGAGUUGAAAACGUUAUGGAAGAAAGCGAAGGCAGCAUAUGAGGAAUUAGUAAACUCUGAUACGUUAGAUGCUAAAGCAGUAUCUGCUGUGAAACCAAAAUAUAAAAGCUCGUACGCUGUAUAUUUGCGAUGCAUGUCGAACAUGGCAGAUCUGCAUGCAAAGCUCGUUAAGAGCGAAAAAGACAUAGAAG